AUGAACCCGCAAUGUUCUAAAUGUAAAGCAGCAAUGAGGAAAUAUAACUACUCAGUCAAAGAGAUAGAAAGAAUGCGAAACGACUAUGCAGACUUAAAGAAAGAAGCAGAAAAACCAGCAGAAGAUAAAAUGGACAUGUUAGAAUUUCUGAACAAAAACUAUCCAACUGCUGACGAUUUCCUUCUAUCUGACGUCAAGAAGAAGUAUAAAGAAACUUUCGGCAUUGUUAAAACAUUCGAUGUACUAAAAGAAGAAAUAGAAGCUACAAAACUGUUUAGAGUCUCACGAAUUCAUAACGUUUACCAUGUAAAACGGUUAUAA